GAAAAAAAAAAUCAAUUCCUAAGAAAUGAAAAAAACAAAGAGAUCGUCUCUAUUAGCUCUUAUCCUCACCGUGAUGGUCGUGGCGGCCGCCGUCUCCGCCAUCUCCGUCGAGGCCAGAAAACAUAACGCCAAGAAAAGCAAACCUCAUCACCGCCGUCAAAAGACGGCGAGACGCAGUUCCGGUAAUACCCCUACCGGCGACUCCCCUGCACCAUCACCUUACCCCGCCCACGAGGGCAUUUUCGACAUUCUCUCCUUCGGCGCCAAGGCCGACGGUGUCUCCGACGACUCCAUGGCAUUGGUGGAGGCUUGGAAGGCGGCCUGCGAGGAGGAGGUGGGGACGGAGGCGAGAGUGAAGAUUCCGGCGGGGAAGAAAUUCAUGGUGAAGCCGGUGACAUUGCAAGGUCCAUGCAAGCAAAAACUAGUGGUUCAAAUAGAUGGAACCGUAGUGGCUCCGGACAAGAUUGGGACAUGGCCUAAAUCGAGCUUGUUCCAGUGGCUUAACUUCAAAUGGCUCGACCAGAUCACCGUCCAGGGCUCCGGAACACUUGAUGCUCGUGGCUCCGCCUGGUGGGACACUACUCAAGACGUUUAUCAAACUCAGAAGAGACAUAAGUACAUACCUCCGAUGAAACCAACGGCGUUGAGAUUUUAUGCGAGUAGUAACGUGACGGUCCGCGACAUAAGGAUAGUGAACAGCCCGUUAUGCCAUUUGAAAUUCGACAAUUCGGAGGGAGUUAAUGUCGAUAACAUCACAAUCUCUUCGCCGGAGAACAGCCCCAACACCGACGGCAUCCACCUUCAGAACACCCGCCACGUCCACAUUCAACACUCCAACAUCGCUUGUGGAGAUGACUGUGUAUCCAUUCAGACUGGCUCCUCCGAUGUUCAUAUCCACCACAUCAACUGUGGCCCUGGUCAUGGUAUCAGUUUGGGAGGACUAGGCAAAGACAAGAGUGUGGCAUGUGUGUCCGAUAUCAUCGUGGAGGAUAUCUCGAUACAGAACACCCUUGCUGGUGUUAGAAUCAAGACAUGGCAGGGUGGAUUAGGAAUGGUAAAGAACGUAACGUUUUCGAAGAUACAAGUGAGCGAUGUGAAAGUUCCGAUAGUGAUAGACCAGUAUUACUGCGACAAGUACAAGUGCAAGAACCAGACGGGAGCGGUGGCUAUAUCGGGCGUGAGAUACGACAACAUCGUCGGCAGCUUCACGGUCCAGCCGGUGCACAUAGCCUGCAGCAGCGACGUGCCGUGCAUGGACGUGGAUCUGGUCGACAUAAGGCUUAAACCCUCCCAGGCGAGCAGAGGGUUUCAGCAGCAAGCCUUGUGUUGGAACUCUUAUGGCAAAACACAGGGCCCUUUGGUCCCUUCCGCCAUUGAUGAUUGCCUGAGGAAUAGCGGCGGUGGUUUCCCUAGGAGAAUUGCCAGGUCCCAUGAGCAUAUUUGCCAUUAAAUCAAACAAAUAAAAGUCAGAAAUUGAUUAGGGUUUUUUUUUUCGGUAUGUGGCUUCCCUUCUGCGACCUUUUUGUGAAUGUGAGGGUGAUGGCUUGUAUCAGCUUUUCUUUUUUAGUGUAUGAUGGUGUGAUUCAGAUUUCAAGUACUCUAUA